CGAUUUGGGUUUUCGGCUGAAAAGUGAAAACCCUUGGGAGAGGUUUCUCACACUUUAGAGAGAGAGAGAGAGAUGACAGUACCGACGAGCGCGAUGGAGCCGGUGGAGACGCAAUCGCUCAAGAAGCUGAGCUUCAAAUCAUUGAAGCGCGCUCUCGAUCUCUUCUCUCCUCUCCACGCUCACUUCCCCCUUCCCGACCCCGAUAGGAAGAAGAUAAGGAUGAGCCAUAAGAUUAAGUCUAUUUUGAUUUGUGAAGUUUAAUGCCAAGUGUGGAGGAAUAAAGAGCACAAGCAGUCAGCCUCUGACUCAUGCAAAGUCUGGUAGUUCAAGAUCAAGCCCGAGAAGGAUCUGGUCCUUCAAAUACUUUAGCUCUUCCAGAUCCCGAAAAUUCCAAGGAUCCACAGAAUGGAGGAGCUCUAAUUGAUUUAAUUGUUGGUCCAACUGUGAAAACAAAGGGCCUUGAUGGUGGUCUUUCUGAAAAAAGCAUCGCCAUUGUUUCUGCUUCUAGUUCAUCGGAGAGGAAUUUCUCAACAUCAGCCAUUAUGGAAAGAAUUCCAAGCAGAUGGCCACUUCCUGUUUGGCAUGCACCAUGGAAAAACUACAGGGUGAUAAGUGGCCACUUAGGAUGGGUGAGAUCUAUUGCAUUUGAUCCAAGUAAUACAUGGUUCUGUACUGGCUCUGCAGAUCGCACGAUAAAGAUAUGGGAUGUAGGAACUGGAAGGCUAAAGCUUACACUAACCGGACACAUUGAGCAAGUACGAGGACUUGCCGUCAGCAAUAAGCACACAUAUAUGUUCUCUGCUGGUGAUGACAAACAAGUUAAAUGCUGGGAUCUUGAGCAGAAUAAGGUCAUCCGGUCUUAUCAUGGUCAUCUAAGUGGAGUGUAUUGCCUGGCUCUUCAUCCGACUAUUGACGUUCUACUCACAGGUGGUCGCGAUUCUGUCUGCCGGCUCUGGGAUAUUCGUAGCAAGGUGCAAAUUGAUGCAUUGUCAGGGCAUGAAAAUACAGUUUGCUCAGUUUUUACUCGACCUAUGGAUCCACAAGUUAUAACUGGCUCCCAUGACACGACGAUAAGGCUCUGGGACCUUAGAUAUGUUAAAAGAACGGCAACUCUUACACAUCAUAAAAAAUCUGUGCGAGCAAUGGCUCUACAUCCUACCAAGAAUUGUUUUGCAUCUGCGUCGGCUGACAAUAUAAAAAAAUUCAACCUUCCGGAAGGCGAAUUUAUGCACAACAUGCUCUCUCAGCAGAAAACCAUCAUCGAUGCAAUGGCAGUCAAUGAAGAUGGUGUAAUGGUCACAGGAGGUGACAAUGGAAGUUUAUGGUUCUGGGAUUGGCAGAGUGGUCAUAAUUUCCAGCAAUCCCAAACAAUUGUACAGCCAGGCUCGCUGGACAGUGAAGCCGGUAUCUAUGCCUGCUCGUACGAUGUGACUGGUACAAGACUAGUCACUUGUGAAGCUGACAAGACAAUAAUGAUGUGGGAAGAGGACGGAAAUGCUACCCAAGAAACUCAUCCUCUCCACUUCAAACCACCUAAAGAUAUUAGGAGGUUCUAAUAGUCGUCUCUACAAAUCUUGUUCCAUUCUUUUCCAGGCUUUGAGGACUUCAUGAAAAGCUUCGUAAAGAUGUGAUUCCUUUAUGAGUAGGUCAAGGUUUGAAUUAUCAAAAGGUUCUAAUUGUAUGCCUGUACGGGAAUUAAGUCAAGUUUUGACAAGAAUACGAAGUAGGAAUGGGUUGUCAAAGGUGUCAGGAGGCUUCGUACCAUCUUGUUAUCUUAUAGUUGUUGGCUUUGUAUUAUGUAUUUGGGGCUGUAAUAAGUUAUUUCCUGUAUUGACUCUUUAUGUAUUCAGUAUUUGGGGCUGUAAUAAGUUACGGAGUAUUUCAUUUAUUGAUUAUUUAUUUAUUUA